AUGCUGACCACCCACGCAGAUCCGCGAUCGCAACACUGCCCGACCUCCCUCCUCAUACCGCCCUCUCGUCCAUCUCACACCCACACCAGUACGAGGUCGCAGCCAUACCGAGAUACCGAGAUGAUCGACUAUGAUGACAGCUCAAACUUCGUGCCGAUCGCUCAGGGCGACAACUCGGCUCUCCCUUCUGACUACCCCCAGUGGAACGGCAACGACAUGCCCGACCAGUUUCAUCGAUCCCCCUUGCAACCUCACGCCUAUCAGCGGCCGUCGCUAGCCUACCCUGACGCUGAACAGCUUCUCAACAUGCUGGAUGAACAUGGAUACGAGACGGUGUCUCAGCUUGCACUGGUGCCGCCGAUGCAUGACAGUAACACUUCCGCACCUGCGUCGCCACCACGCGCCUUGCACACCUACGCGGUGGCGCCCACCCUACCACCCACAAAUCACUCAACGCCGCGCUCUCCUCGAAGCCUGAAGGUCAGAGCGCACAAAGAGGACACAGAUAACAUGCUACCGCCUCGUGCCGAGCCACUAUACACCAUUGGCACACUCGACAACGGCGCGCGUGCUCAGGAGACGAGCAGCUCCGACAGUGCGCCAUACCCCGAGGCGAGCGCGGAGCCGGCGAACCAGAGCGCAUCCCUAUCAUUCUUCGGGGGAGCGCCAUACCAAUACAUUCCUCCGACCGGCUGCGAAGAAGCAAAGCAUGCACAGCACAGCCUUCUCAAUACUCUCAUGGUUCACGGAAAGCAGACAUCUGACUUCAAGGCAGCUCUUCAAGUCGCCGUAAAGCCACUGCAAGAGAAGGGUGACUUUCCGGACCAGUCCAUCAGCGAUGCCCUGAUAGCUGCCAUGCCACUUGAGAACGACCUGUCGCUAGAGUCGUUGCUCUCACAGGCAGCCAACUACCAGAACUCGAGCGGUACAACGGACCCGCUAUACUACGGUGUUGCAGUCUACCAGGACAACUCCGCACUUCGGCCAACAUCAGACCACCACAUGCUUGUCAGUGUGGCUGGUCAAGUGCCCACUCGAUUCAUCGGUAUCAUGACUACUCCCGACGCAGAUCGUAGCAAGCAGACCUUUCGACCACUUAUCUCGGCGAGUGGUCAAGAUUUGGCAGAACCACAGCAGCUGUUCACGGCCACGGAAGCGGUACCCUCGACCGCAGGAGCCAUUAGAUCGACUACUGAGGACGCAAUGCCUGCUGCGACCGUCUCUGCUGAUGCCAUCUUAGCUGGUCUGCAGUCGGAUGUUCCACAGGGCAACGCGUCAACUACUGCACAAGCACCAGUCGCCACCCUGCCCUCGCUCGUCGUCAAGCCGAAGCGUAAGGGCUCAACGCGCACCCUGAAGCAGACCAAGACACGCAGCAAGAAGCGCCCAGAGACCCGCAACUCGACUAGCACCUACACAAGUCGCACAGCUCCAUCUCGCGGUCACAUCGACAUUCCGAAGGAGGAGUGGGAGGGUAUCCCUGGCGACGUACUGUUGGAACGCCUCGAGAAUGGACAGAUCUUGCCCGACGCCGUCUACGGCGAGCUAGCACUAGGGUUGGCCACUGUCGCGCCUAACAAGAGACUGUCGAAGGCGAUGGGCAUGUCGUGCGGCACGACCGUUUGGAAUUGUCGUAUCAAGCCGGCUCUGGAGGCACUCGCCGUGAGACGUGACACGACAUACCUGGCUGUCAAGGCAGAGCUGGAUGCCGAACGUCAGAAGAAUCUGUUGCGCAUUGGUACCACAACCCAGGACCACACGACUCAUCACGCUGGUCUCAAGCAGGCAGCUUUGACAAACCCUCAGCGCAUCGCUAAGAGUUCGAAGAAGACUCGCGCUGCUGCCACCAAGGCACUUCCCCGCCCGAGGAGCCGCAACUUCGCCGUCGCUGCAGCUGAUCUGGUUGCGGAGCAAGACCCUCCCCAGCAAGGCACUUCUACUACGCUUGCUAUGCCAAGCACUGUACAGGAGCAGAAUAGUACUAAGCCAAACACCGAGACUGGAGUUGACCUCAGCAAUGAGCUCCCGCACGUGGCGCUGCCGCGCUACAAGCUCCGCAGACGCAAGGCCGCAGAUCCAUCUGGCAACAACCUUGAGGGCGGUCUUGCUGAGUUGGGUCUGAGCACUGUGGAUGAAGACACGGAGAUGAGUGACGUGGAGGAAGUUCCGAAGGUGGACAAGAGCAGCCGCCGUCGUCCAUCACGACGCUAG